CCACGAAGAUAAAAAUAUUUGAAUUGCGACGCAGAGAUAACGAACUGCUGUCAAUAUGGCGCAGAUUGAUAACUGACUGUAGAGCAAUGGCCGCCCUAUACACAGGCGUGUGUUUGUGCCUGACCGGAGUAUUAGUUCAAGUAAAAGGACAAGUUCUUUAUGACUACAGUAGCGGUACUGAGGUCACCCUUCAAACCCGAUCUGUAGCGGUGUCUGUUCCCGGGGGUCAGAAGUUCCCCUUUUUUGGACAAUUCUACGACACAUUCUACGUUUCCAAAGAUGGAGUGAUAGGAUUUAAUCCUGAAACCAGACAUAUCGCUGGAAAAAUCUACUCUUUUGACAGAGAAAAAUAUUUCAAUGAAUUAGAAGAUUAUCCCUUUAUUGCCCCGUUCCUUUACGGCGGGGCUCCUUUGCAGUCUCUUUUUUCCACCGGAAAUAAGAUUUAUGGAGGGAAAAUAUUUCACCAAUUGCUAUCUAAUGCUAACGGUGGGUCACGUGACCUUCAGCAGAUAGGCAGCUUCAUCAACGAUGCCUUUAUUGGUGUGUACAAUUUUACGCCAUCUUAUGGACUCCUUGUCACGUGGAAGAAUGUUACAGACGAAUAUCAACUUAACAUAGCCAGGUGUGACGAUGACACAAGACCAUGCAAGAAAAACACAUUUCAAGCGGUUUUAGUGACGGAUGGAAUCGACAGUUUUGCUCUAUUCAAUUACGAACAGACCGCAAUACAGACCAAUCCCUCAUACCAGGCUGGGUUCAACGCUGGGUAUGGAAGGGGGUGGGCCGAGGCUAUGCCAAGCUCUAAACUCCAAAACGCAGCCAACUUGCAAGGGAGCAACAUUACCGGACGCUACCUGUACAAAAUUGACAAAGAGCGGAUCGUAACGGGUGGAUGUAAUGGCGAUAGAACAAUUAGUCCAAAUGGUCAUUUGCAAGUGACCCCUGGGUUUGCUGGAAUGCUCGGCGGAGAAAUGCUUGAGGUGUCCGGGCCAUGUUUGGAACCAAGGGACCGGAUAUUCUUACGCUUUGGUACAGAAAGUGCAUACUCCCAGUGCAUCAUGGUUAACAGUAUGAAAGCACGAUGUCCAGUACCGAUGUUGUUGGAAAGAGGAGAGGUCAAGGUGUCCAUGUCAUUCGACGAAAAGGCGAAUUUUCACUACGAUGCCAAUAUGUUAAUCGUUCAUCCGAGCAGAAUGCCAGGAUCCACUAAAGUGAAGCUCCAUGACAACGGGCCGGGCCGUCGGUGGAACGAGACGACGGCUAGCGUCCUGACGCUGAGCUGGAACCCAGACCUCUUGUCCACUGAUCCACAGGCUCAAGUAGAUAUUAACUUUGUGGGCUUCAUUGAAAACACAAAGACGUAUCAGGCUGGAUGGAACAAACGCAUCACCUUGAACCAGCGGACUGUUCGUGUGGGUGAGAAAUCGUACUCGUUUAAUGCAUCUGAGGUUUUCUGCGAUGACGAAUGCUUUGAUUAUGAAGUUGGCGUGGUAGAAGUAAGCCUAACAGAUGUCUCAAAGGCCGCGCAGAGAAGAGUACUGCUCAGUGCAGUAGUGCCCAUGGGCUGGAUCGUGAACUCAAAGAUGUUGGGGAAGUAUGGCAGCAACUGGCAGCACGCUAUGUGUGUGGCGUGGUACGAGAAGGACAGACAAGACAUGCGGUGGAUGGAGCGACUGGAGUACUGUCCCUGUAACCUACAGCAGGCGCUGUCAGACUUCGGCAGGUGGCAGACAGACGUCGGAUGUAACCUGUACAGUGAUAGUCCUACCAAAUGCAGAUUCCAUUUGGGUGCAGUGCAUUGUGUCCGCGCAGUCCAACCAUCACGGUCCCCGGAUGACGCUGGAAAUCAGUGUUGUUAUGGUCAUGAUGGGCAACUUCGAUUUGCCGCCGAUACAUUCCAAGGUAGUACUCCCGACAGAAGCCAUGACUGGGGGGCCGCACCCUAUGUCAAGCCGGGCCUGGUCCCCUCCCUGUCCCACUGGCUCCAGGAUGUGGUCACGUUCUACUACUGUUGUCUGUGGACAGACUAUCAGGACUGUGAUUACUACAUGGACCAACGUGGAACAAGAGACUGCUCGGGCUAUUCUCCACCGAAACAAGCGAUGGUUUUCGGACAGUCUAACGUCGUGACAUUUGAAGGUCAGAGGUACCACAUUUGUGGGGAAGGAGACUUUGUUCUCUUAAAUUCAUCAAGCGUUAAAAUCGUCGGACGAUUCCAGAAGUCUCCGUUUCAUUCUCAGUACAAUAAGUCUGUCAUUCUUACUGCCGUGGGCAUUCAAAUAAGACAGGAAGUUGUCGAAAUCAAACUGAAAGGACCAGAAGUGGAUAGAAGCACUAGAACAUUAGACGUUGUAGUGAAUGGAGAAUUCCAUUACUUUGAUAAAGGACCUCGGCGAUGGAAGGACUUUGAAGAGUCCGCAGUUGUUAACAGUGAUGAUCGCGCUAAUACUAAAGAAUCCAACUUCACAGUAAUCGUAAAAAAUGGCGUAGGAAUACAAGUAGCUGAAGAGAACGACAUGCUCAGCCUUAUAGUCAUGAUUCCUCCACAUUUCAUGAGCUCUGGCUUGCUUGGUUCAUGGAAUAAUAACUCGGCCGAUGAUCUGUCUCCGGCGAAUGGGGGAGCUCCACUCGUGAAUUCUCAGCCCAAGCAGGUGUACGAACAAGUUGUUUAUAGCUGGGCAAUUGACAGGAAGAGUUCUUUUAUUCUCCCCUUCCCAAUCUAUGCCAAGAACAACUCGGUGCUGUGUGGCACGGUGCCUGGUCCCCAGCCCUCAUGUCGGUCAGACUCAGCCUGUGACUACGACCUGUGGAGCACGGGGAACGCCUCCCUGGCUCAGAGAACUCUACAGUUCUCUCAGAGAUACCAGGAAUUGAAGAAUGAAUUGAAACCAGUACGUUCUUGUGGUCUGUUGGAUGUUCCUCGGAGUAUAAAGGACAACUACAACUACAGUCUCGGUAGUACAGUAACGGUCCAGAGUUGUAGAAUUGGUCAUGUGACCGGAAAGACGCACUACACUUGUACUGAUAAAGGUGACGGUGUCCAGGAGUGGUCUCCCCCUGUCACAGCGUCCUGUCAAGUUGCUUCGUCAGAGAAGAGUUUGGAGGAUGGGGCUAUAGCAGGGAUCGUUAUAGCAGUGGUUCUGAUUCUGCUGGUCGUGAUUGUCCUGACAAUUGUCUGCUUCCGGCGUCGGGAGAAGUCUAAAAACGCCAAAUCACCAGAUAGCUCAACGUCGCAUAGCAAAAAUCCUUUACAAAGUGAGCCCUAUCAGUCCCGGUAUGAAACAUCCCUUCCGCCAGGAGGACAGAAAUACAAAACGGAAGCUAGUGUGUGAGAGAAAUGUUAUAGCAUGGACACAAACAUAGACUUUUACCUCUUUCCUUUAUGUGUAAUGAAGGAAAUAUUCAGGAACAAAACUCAAGGCUACAACGGGAAGCUGAUAUGGUUUGCUUUAGUCUGAUCUGUUGUGAUCACUUGUUAAUGCUAAAUAUGUGUAUAUAAAACU